AACACAACUUCAUGCGCAAGUGGGGGAUAAUCGUUGCCGCGGGAACUCGAUGCCGCGGAUUUGUCUUGCCUACACGGAGUAGCCACGGUCUUGCCAUGGCGACCGGGGAUCCAGGGUUAGGGCAGCAGCGCUUCGCCUAUGCAUAUUGCCAUGGCUUCCUCAGCGGACCAGCAUCGAUAAAAGGCCAGGCCCUACGCAAGUCUCUGCUCGAAGUGGAUGUGGAGUUGUCGCUUUUGAAUCUGAACGGCGGAAACGACCCGGGAGCCAUCACAUGCUCGGGAGCGGUGGAGGCGGUACGAGCGUUUCAUCUGCAGCAAAAGUGUGCCCUGGGCGACCAAGGCCUCAAGUUACGGCUUGUUGGAAGCAGCCUUGGGGGUUUCGUCGUUGCAAGAUACGCCGAGUUGUACCCUGAAGAGGUCGACCGGAUCUUCAUGCUCUGUCCCAGCUUCGGCUUGGGGACCAGAGCUGGCAAAUUCGCGAGCGAAGAGGAGAUGGCCGAGUGGGAGCGGACGGGAGCGAGAGUCUUUUCCUUAUCAACCGGCGGGGAAGCUAGUGUCCCUUGGACCUUUGUCGAAGAAGCCAGGCUGCAACCCGACUACCCGGCGUACGCCUGUCCAGCGGCGAUUGUGCACGGGCUGCAGGACGAAGUCGUGCCGGCAACGGUGACCAAAUCGCUCGUGGAGGGGAGGGGGGAUAUGGGGGAAUGUUCGUUCGCGACUUUCGUGGAGGACGACCACGCACUCACCAAGCCCUCAACAAUGGCCCUUACAGCCGAGGCGCUGGCUGAUUUUUUCGAGCUGGACAGACGAGAGGUCGCAGAAGGAACUGAAGGGGCUGCGGCAGUUGACGACACCAACGGAAGGAGGGAUCAAUCUCCGCCCCAAAGAAUCAUCGAAGUGGAAGCCAAGUUUUCAGCGCAUGAUGUCGACAAGGUCAAGGAAACGGUGCUGGCGCGAGGAGGACACUUCGUGGGAGAGCAAGUCUUUACAGAUGUGUAUUGGGAUGCGAAAGGCUGCGGGCUGACGGAGAUAGAUUGGUGGCUCCGAAGCCGUGCCGGUCGAUGGGAGCUCAAGGUACCAGCGGCUGACGUGGGCGAAGGGGUUACUGCGUACAGAGAGGUGACGGCACCUUCGGAAAUCGCGAGCGAGCUACGAGAGGCAGGGUUUCUUGGAGAGUCGAAAACGCACCGCCUUCACGGGUCUCGCAUCGACAAACGGGUGCUGGAAGCUGCGGGUUUCGAAGCCUUCGCUUCUUUCCGCACCAAUAGACUGAAAUACCGGUUGGGUGUAUUUGCCGUGGACAUCGACCGAGCAUCUGGUCGCCAGGUAGAGUUUGGUCACGAAGUGGUGGAGAUCGAGACGAUAUCAAAAGAGUCGGACGUGUUGUCUGCCAGAGAUAGCAUAACAGCUUUGGCGCGCUCUCUUGGUGCUCGACGCGAAGGGGAGUCUGGGCGCCCUGUCAAGGGCAAGCUGGUGGAAUACAUGAUCAGGAAUUGCCCGCGGCAGCUGGAAGUUCUAACAAGGCAGAGAGCUGUUUGAGACGUGCAAGGCAGCGUGUGACACCGGGGAGCAUGUGCGUUUGGCUGGUGUUAUCUUCAGCCCGAACCUGAGGAGAGCAAACGCGCUUGCCGCAGUACAGGUUCCUAUGGUCCCGCCACCUUCUUGUGGGCACUGCGUGAAGUCGGCGAGAUGUUGUUCGCUAGCCCGGUACAACCUGUGAUUCGUUGAUGCUCCACGGAUUUG